AUGCCACCGCAAUCGAGGCAUGAUCAGCACGUACACCGUGACAAUUACGGUGCCUUGAGAGAGGACAUUGAUGCCUCUCCAGGCAACAGAGUAUCGGCGCAUGCAAUUGGCAUUGGCAGCAAUGAGGAGGUCGCUUCAACCAUCCCAGUACGGGCUGUUGCGCAAAAUAACCGAGAGAUCCUAGAUGUACGUCUGGAGGAGUGGAUUGGCUGUAUCACGACGAAGGAAGCAAUUCCACGUCCGCAAGUUACGCCAGAAGAGCGCAAGAGGGGGCGCAGAAGAAUCCUGAUGCAAAAAUACAUGUUUCAGAUCUCUAUCAUCACAGUCAAGUAA